GUGAGGAGACCGUCAAAGGGGCGAAGCUGACUAAUCAUAUCAUCAUCGGAACACCCGGCAAGCUAAUGGACUGGGGUAUAAAGUUCAGGACGUACGACCUAGUUUUCCCUUUUUGUACUGGACGAGGCGGGUGUUAUGGUCGGUGUUCUUCUUGGCCACGUACGAGCGCGAGGUGAUAGAGUUUGCCGAGUACAUCCUACCCAAUCCGAUCGUCAUUCGGCAGGCGCGGGAGCAAGAAUCUCUCGAUAACAUCAAACAGUACUACGUCAAGUUCCGCAACCAGGACGAGAAAUUGUGUGAUUACCGUCGGACAAGCGAUCAUUUUCUGUCAUAUGAUGUACGCAAAACGGCCGGUUGGUUGACCGGCAGGAUGUCCCAGGAUGGUCACUCGGUAGCGGUACUGUCCGGUGAUCUAACGGUGGAGCAACGGUUGGACGCUCUGGAUCGAUUCCGAACCGGACUAGAGAAGGUACAGAUUAUAACGAACGUUUUGUCCAGGGGUAUCGACGUCGAACAGGUGACCAUUGUCGUCAACUUCGACUUACCGAUGGAUCAGCAGGGACGAGCCGAUUGCGAAACGUAUCUACAUCGAAUUAGACGCACCGGUAGAUUCGAACGGAAUCACCAUCAACCUAGUGGGCAGUGAUCGAAGCAUGAUGAUUUGCAGAUCAAUUGAAAAACACUUCCGGAAAAAGAUUCAGUUGCACCGUAAAGUGUUUUCGACCAGCUACUAGUGAAAGGCGUAGGAGCUUUUUUGGGUGUUUUGAUUCUGAAUUUAUAAUUUUAUUUUUUUUUUUAAUUUUUUUUUCUUCCUUGACCUGACAUAAGGUAUACAAAUGUAACUAACAGGGUAUCGUAAGCUAAUAAAUUUACAAUUACAAUUACAAUUUAGCUCUACCCAGUUCUAUCCAAACAUUUGAAAAGGGCCUAACUGCAAAAUGUAACAAAUUGAAAUUUCAUGUUUUCCAUUAACAAAUAUCUACCCGAGCACGUACAUAACGCAACAUUUGAUUAUGAAGAAUUUUGAUAGCGAUUUUUCAACAAUUUAUAAAAGGGCAUUUGUUAGAAAUAGGAUGUAAUUCAAGGAUUGUAUAGCGCAUGUUUAAUGGUUAUAACUUUCAGUUAAAUGGACUUUUAAGAACCCGA